GGGCCCGGGCGGCGGCGGCGGCGGGACAGGCGCGUGGCCGGGUCCGGCGCGAUGAGCGGGGCCGGAGCCGCUCCGGGGGCGGCGGACGCGGUCCGGGGGCUGCGGGUGGACGGACUGCCCCCACUGCCCAAGAGCCUGAGCGGGUUGCUGCACUCGGCGUCGGGCGGCGGCGCGUCGGGGGGCUGGCGACACCUGGAGCGUCUGUACGCGCAGAAGUCGCGCAUCCAGGACGAGCUGAGCCGCGGGGGCGCGGGCGGCGGCGGGGCCCGGGCCGCGGGGCUGCCCGCCAAGCCUCCCAACCUGGACGCCGCGUUGGCCCUGCUCCGCAAGGAGAUGGUUGGCCUCCGCCAGCUGGACAUGUCCUUGCUCUGCCAACUCUACAGCCUGUACGAGUCCAUUCAGGAAUAUAAGGGAGCGUGCCAGGCAGCCUCCAGCCCGGACUGCACCUACGGCCUGGAGAACGGCUUCUUCGAGGAGGAGGAGGACUAUUUCCAGGAGCAGAACACCCUCCACGAUGGGAGGGAGCGGGGCCCUCCACGGGACCUGCCGCUGCCCGUCUCCCCGCUCUCCAGCAGCGACUGGAUUCUCGAAUCCAUCUAGAAAGGGCUCUCCGCCGAGAGGCCACUGCUGCUACCGGACCACCAGCAUUUGCCUCUCCUCUUGAAGAAAGCUCCUCUCCUCCAUCGUGGGCGGUCAUCGGGCGCCAGCGGCCGGUGCUGUCAGUUUAAUCUGGAGGACACACGUGGCGGGGUGUUCUGGUGGCCGGAGUUUGUGCCUGGGCGAUCCAGAGGUGCCCAGCCACAUCCUCGGCUCCGUGGUACUCAGGCGCGCCUGCCGAGGAAGGUUCUUCCUCCAUCCUUUCCCCCGGGGGACACCUUUCGGGGGGUUUUGCGCAAGGCGACUUUUACUGGUUCGUUACUUCCUUACGGGGUGGUGGACGAUUUGCACCCUCUGUGUUGUAGGAACUGCGUCCAGUUUGCAACGCAGGGAAACUAGCAUUUCGCGGCUCCCCUGCCUCUAUGCAUUCGGCAGCCUUUCUCGUUUCUGUCUUGUAAGCGUUUAAGGCCCUGGGUUGGGCUUUAUUUCUCUGUAAGCCGCACUGCUAGCUGCCCAGGUGACUCAGUGGAAGCUUUUUACCAAAAAAGUAAACAUUUCAGGUCCUACCCAUCGACUGCGUUCUCUUCACCUGUCGAAACAACUCCUAUCGUUCUUUGUCUAUUCUAUGGAGGAGGGAGGGAGCUAAUACGGAGAUGUGUGAACGUGGGAAGCUGGGGCAAGCUCAUGUUUUGUGUCAUUCACCGAAAGGUGGUGGCAAACGUUUUUGUUAUGAAAGAUUCUGAACGUGAGCUAGAAUAUUAGCGAUCCUGCCUCUUCCACUCAAAAGCAACGAUCACCUUAAGCCUUAAUAUAUUUAUUAAAAUCCUUCACGAACACUUUACACUUUGUAGGUUAAAAAUGAGGAUAAAAUGCUAGACUCUC